CGGCGGCGGCCGGGCAGUGCGGCUUAGGCUCGGCUGGCCGGCGGGGGCGCGGGCGCGGGUGGCGCCGCCAUGAACGCCGCGGUGGUGAAGCGGACGCAGGAGGCCCUGGGGAAGGUGAUCCGGAGGCCGCCGCUGACGGAGAAGCUGCUGAUCAAGCCCCCGUUCCGCUACCUGCACGACAUCAUCACGGAGGUGAUUAGGAUGACCGGUUUCAUGAAGGGCCUCUACACAGACGCUGAGAUGAAGUCCGAUAAUGUUAAGGAUAAAGAUGCAAAAAUUAGCUUCCUUCAGAAGGCCAUAGACGUGGUGGUGAUGGUUUCGGGAGAGCCACUGUCAGCAAAGCCAGCGCGGAUCGUGGCCGGGCACGAGCCUGAAAGAACAAAUGAGCUGCUGCAGAGAAUUGGCAGAUGCUGUCUCAGCAAGCUCUCCAGCGAUGAGGCGGUGAAGAGAGUGUUAGCUGGAGAGAAGGGGGAUCUGAAGGGAAGGUCCUCACUGAUGUCAAAAUCUCAGGAAUUGGACAAUAAGAAUGCACAAGAAGAAGAGCCCAGAGUUCAUAAAGAUAAAGAGGAUAAAAGGAACUCUGAAAUAAAUGAGAGGAGUACAAGCAGAGAUCGGAAACAGAAAGAAGAAGUGAAGGAAGAAAGCAAAGCAAGAGAGAAGGACAAAGAGAAGGAGAAGACGAAGGAGAACGACCGGGAGAGACAUAAAGAUCCUGAACGAGACAAGCACCGAGAUGGGGAGAGAGAACGAGCCCGAAACCGGGCCAAGCAGGACAGAGACCGAGGCAACAGAGACCGCGACAAAGAUCUGGACCGUGAGAGAGAGAGAAGGAACGAGGGAGGAAAGGAGAAAGAGAGGUGGAAAGACCGGGAGAGAGAGCGUGAGCGAGACAAGGCCCGGGACAGGGACAGGGACAGGGACAGGCGGAAGCUGAAGGAUGGGGAGCGCUCCAGGGACCCUGACAGGGAGAAGAGCCGAGAGCAUGACAAACCCGAGAAAAAGUCCUCGAGCUCAGGGGAGGUGUCCAAAAAGAUGCCAGAUGGAUCUUUGAAAGACUCCAAAGCUGAGACAGAGACCGAGAUUUCCACUAGAGCGUCCAGGUCAGUGGCAACGAAAGCACCAAAACGGAGAUCCAAAGUGGAAGGAAGAAGGGGCUCUAGAGCCAGUGAAAAUAGUCUUUCCCCUGAAAAAGAACAUAACUCUUCCUACAGCAAAGCUAAGAAGGAGCACACCGUGAAGCAGCUUGGAAGAAAGGAAGAUAAUAUUUCAGCUAAAAUGUUAGAUUCUGUAGUAUCUGGAUUAAAUCAUGAAGCAGAUCAGGAAACUACGACUUCAGAAAUUGGAACAAAAGAAGCUAAUACUAACUCAGCUAGUGUUUCAGAUGAUAACUCAGCGAGUGUGUGGCGGGAGAAUGUUGAGCCUGAGCCAGCAGUGAAGCAGAAAGGUGACUCUCCUAGUGAUGCAGAAGGAGAAGUUGGACCUUCUGGCCCAGAGAAGCCUGAGGUAUCUGAGAGCUCCGAGCUGCCGGGCGAGCUUCCAGCCAAUCUCAGAAGAAUACCUCGGCCUGGGAGUGCGAGGCCAGCACCCCCCCGUGUGAAGCGCCAGGACAGCGUGGAGGCGCUGACACCAGACAGGACAGGAAGUGGGAAAAUCGUUGCCAGUGUGAUCGUAGACGCGCAGAACUCUGACAAUGAGGACGACAGUCAGUUUGUGGUGGAGGCGGCCCCCCAGCUCCCUGAGAUGGCGGAGCUGGAAGUGGUACCUGCGGUAGACAUGGAGGCCGAGGAGAAGCACGGAGGACUUGUGAAAAAGAUUCUGGAGACCAAGAAAGAUUAUGAGAAGUUUCAGCGGGCACCCAGACCUGGAGAGAAGGAGAAGUCGCUUAUCUUUGAGGCCACCUGGAAGAAGGAGAAGGACAUAGUUUCUAAGGAGAUCGAGAAGCUGCGCGUGUCCAUCCAGACCCUGUGCAAGAGCGCGCUCCCCCUGGGAAAGAUCAUGGACUACAUCCAGGAGGAUGUGGACGCCAUGCAGAAUGAGCUACAGCUGUGGCAUAGUGAGAACAAGCAGCACGCCGAGGCCCUGCAAAAGGAGCAGAGCAUCACAGAUGGUGCAGUCGAGCCCCUGAAGGCCGAGCUGGCCGAGCUGGAGCAGCUGAUCAAAGACCAGCAGGACAAGAUCUGUGCCGUGAAGGCCAACAUCCUGAAGAACGAGGAGAAGAUUCAGAAAAUGGUCUACAGCAUCAACCUGAGCUCGAGAAGGUGAAGCUCACGUGUUUCCAAAGCUGGAAGUCCUCUUCAGUCUGAAAAUAAAAAGGAAGAUAGAACGUCA